GUAUUCCCAGAGCCACGCUAGAAGUUGUGUGUGCGCCAAGGGGAGAGUCAGACGGGUAGUCUGGAGUUAAGUGGUAAACAAGGAUGGGGGUGUGGGCUUGGACUGUACCGUUAUUAGCCCUGCUAUACGGGGCCUGUUUGCCGUGGACAACAGGUUUGCAGUGCAUUUGUCACCAUUGUGUUAAAGAAAAUUUCACCUGUGAAACAGAUGGAGUUUGUUAUGUUUUCAAACCUACAGUUGAUUCCCCAGUGGCAACCAAUUGCCUGUUUGCUGUUGAUUUGAUUCCUGCAGAUCGACCAUUCAUUUGUGCUCAAUCCAUGAAAGCGGGAGUUAAAACUUUAUCUAAAUGCUGCAGCACAGACUUUUGCAAUACACCAGCUCUUCUUGAACUCCCAGUCUCCACUCCAGAUCCUAGUGCAAAUAACCUGGGACCAGUAGCCCUGGCUGCAGUAAUUGCAGUACCAGUUUGUGUUGUAUGUAUUCUGCUGAUGAUGGUAAUGUACAUCUGCCAUAGCCGUUCAGUCAUUCAUCACCGUGUUCCUAAUGAAGAGGACCCUACACUAAAUCGCCCUUUUAUAUCCGAGAGUACUACCCUGAAAGAUUUAAUUUAUGAUAUGACCACUUCAGGAUCAGGAUCAGGUCUCCCCCUGUUAGUUCAAAGAACAAUAGCAAGAACAAUUAUAUUACAGGAGAGCAUUGGAAAAGGACGUUUUGGUGAAGUUUGGCGAGGCAAAUGGAGGGGAGAAGAAGUUGCUGUCAAAAUCUUUUCUUCUCGUGAAGAACGUUCUUGGUUUCGUGAAGCAGAGAUUUACCAGACAGUAAUGCUGCGUCAUGAAAACAUCCUGGGUUUCAUUGCCGCAGAUAAUAAAGACAAUGGAACUUGGACUCAGCUCUGGCUUGUAUCAGAUUAUCAUGAACACGGAUCUCUUUUUGAUUACUUAAAUAGGUAUACUGUUACUGUUGAGGGGAUGAUUAAACUGUCCCUUUCAACAGCUAGUGGAUUAGCCCAUCUUCAUAUGGAGAUUGUAGGAACUCAGGGCAAACCUGCCAUUGCCCACAGAGAUUUGAAGUCAAAGAACAUUUUAGUGAAAAAGAAUGGUACAUGCUGUAUAGCUGAUCUAGGCUUGGCAGUAAGGCACGACUCGGCAACAGACACAAUUGAUAUUGCUCCCAAUCACAGAGUAGGAACAAAAAGGUAUAUGGCUCCAGAAGUCUUGGAUGAUUCUAUAAAUAUGAAACAUUUUGAAUCUUUUAAAAGAGCUGACAUUUAUGCCAUGGGUUUGGUUUUCUGGGAAAUUGCACGAAGGUGUUCUAUAGGGGGCAUUCACGAAGAUUAUCAGCUGCCGUAUUAUGACCUGGUUCCUUCAGAUCCAUCUGUAGAAGAAAUGAGGAAGGUUGUGUGUGAACAGAAACUCAGGCCUAAUAUUCCUAAUCGAUGGCAGAGCUGUGAGGCCUUGCGUGUAAUGGCAAAGAUCAUGCGUGAAUGUUGGUAUGCCAGUGGUGCAGCCAGACUAACAGCACUGCGAAUCAAGAAGACGUUAUCUCAGCUCAGUCAGCAAGAGGGCAUAAAAAUGUAAACACAAUUCAACAACUUAUCCAUUCGGUGCUUGAAGGGUUCAGCUGAUUGGUUUUGUUUGGUCAAUGAAGAGGAGCAUUAAAAUGAAGACGCCUUUUAAUUUCAACUCCUGGGUUGCAGUAUUUGAGUACUCUGAAAGGGAUACUUGUUCUACCUCACUGAGGGAACAGAAGCUGGAUCUUGUUGCCUUUCAUAUUAUAUAGGAUCACAAAAGAAAGAUGCUAAACUAUUGGAUCCUUUCUGUGCACUAUGAACACCUCCUUACCCAGGACAUCUUACAGACAUUGAUGUAGUUAGCUUUAUUUUUUAACAAUAUUUAGAACAAUUGAGGGGGUGGGGGUGGGGGUUGGUCUGGUGGGUAUGUGUGUGAGGGGAGGAGGGGCUUGGUGAGUCACGAGGCCAGUGAAUUGAUUAUAUUUGCUGGUCUUAACGUUCUACAUAUUAGUGCUUAAAUUAAGGUGGUUUUAUUAGCAAUGCGUGCUAGUAUGGUCAAAUUUCAAUUCAGUGUUAAUCAUGGAAGAACUUAUUUGUUGUCUUGUAUCAUGUUUCCACUGUUGAGUUGACCAGAGAAAGUAAAUUCCACCUUUGGUAAAUCAUUACCCUGUACCAUUGCUGGUAAUAUGCAGGGUUUACAGAGGGGUUGAGAACAUAGAAGGAUUUUGUUUGAAGUUUGCAAGGAAGCACCUUAUAUAGUGUAUAUGAGUUACACUGCCAACAUUCCCACUGAUGUCUUUGGAGCCUUAAUUAACAGCAUUAAAUGUGAACCAGAAUUUUAGAAUGACACAUUAUAUCAUUUAUUUUAAAUUGUUUCUAGAUCUCUAUCUCAGCAUUAAGUAUGAUUAUGUGACACAAGUAAUUUGAGACUUUUUUCAUGGACGUUUUUGUAUGUUUGACAUUGUUCAGUCCCCAUUAGUAUCUCCAUUCUCCAUAAAAACAUGAGAUAAGCAAUUUUUCUUGGCCAUACUUACACAUAAAUUAAGUAUGCAAAAACAUUACACACUAUUUAUAUUUUCAUCCUAAUAACUUUGCAUGUGAUUAUGCAAAUAGAUUAUGCAAUAGAUUUGUUGUAAAAAUUCUAUCUCAAGACAUAUUUUCUAGGAAGUUCACACUGUUUCUGUGGUUGCGUUUUACUCUAAAGACAAGAUACUUUAAAAGAAAGAUGACCUGUAUAUCAUGCAUUACUUUAUGAAACUCUUAAUAUAAAAUCAUGCUUUAAAAGUAUUUAGUGUUACUGACACAUCUGUUAUUAUCUGGAUCUUUUAAAUAAAGGGGUUAACAAAUGAUUAGCAUCCUAAAAGUGAAUAUGUGCAUUGAUUUUACUCCGAUCUUUUAGAGUUUUCUGUUACUGCUAGAACUAUAUUUUUUCUAUAUACCAUGCAAGCUAUAUAAAUAUUACAUUUUUCCAAAAUAUUCAGACUCUGGCCCAUUGUACUAUGUAGUGUAGUAGUGUCUUUGCAGUUUAUUGAACAUUUUGAGUUAGAAGUAAUAUAUUGUACUCUGUAUACACAUGGAAAUGGAACUGUAUAGUUGUGCAACAGACAAAAUUCAUUCACAAAACUAUCCCUUUUUAAUAUUAUAAAUGUUUUUCAGCCCACAUAUUCCAACAGUAACCUAUCUGCAACUUUAGCCUCCAAAUAUAUUGCAUAGAUGAUAAUAAAAUGUCAGUUCUUAAUGGUAAAUAUUAACAAGCAGUAUUAGUCAUUAACACUCCAAAGUACUACAUUAUUAUGUAAUGUUGAUAAAAAAGAUCUAAGCUCAACUUUAAAGUGAUUUAAAGUUUGUGUUAUUGCACAGUGUGCUUGACAUGCUCUUGAACAGACGGACCUUCCUGUUUCUUUAAUGAGAUGCAAGUAGAGGCAAUAGAUAAAAGUGAAAUUCUGAAUUUGGCAAGCUUAUUCAUUAUAACCCCUAAAUCCAAUAUUUUACACCAUAGGUUUUAUUAGAUGAAAAUUAAGCGCUAUACAGUAAUCCCUCACCUAUCGCGGGGGUUACGUUCCAGAGCCCCCCACGAUAGGUGAAAAUCCGCGAAGUAGCGACAUAUAUUUAUUUUAUUAUUUAUACAUAUUUUAAGGCUUUAUAAACCCUUCCCACAGUCUUAUAAACCUUUGUCACUCUCUUAUUAACAUUUCCCACACUCUUAUAAACACUUCCUAUGCUCUUAAACACUUUCUACAUUCUUAAACACCGCAGACCAACACUGCACGCAGCGAUCAGACGUCGAUGUGUCUGCACUUGCUUUGUGAAGGGGGGCAGCUGAACUCACGCUGAGCAGAAAUGGACUUUGUGCUGCUUCUGCCAAAAUGCCUGCUUGUCGCUCUGCGCGUUCGGAAGGAUGAGGAGGAGUUGGGGUGUGUGAGGGCUGAACACACGUUCGCUCAAACCCCCCUGCCCGGAGGCACAGUACACUCCUGCCACUUCGCAUUGUCAAGGGGGUGGGGAGCUGAAUGAACGCUAAGGAGAAGUGGACUUUGUGCUGCUUGUCGCUCUGCCUGUCAAUAAUUUAAAAGCCUGUACAUCACCAAUUUUCCUGUCUCACUGUCUUGUCUUGCGUGAAGUUAAAAUGUUUUAUAAUAGUGAGAUGUUACUCAUAUCCUUAGCCCGGCAUCCACAUAUCAUAUGUGUUAACAAAGUGUGUUUUAUAAGUUUACAUGUGUUUAAAGCAUGUGGGAUGGGUAUUUUAAGGCUUAAACUAUAAAAAUGUUUAUUUAUAUGGUCUUUCUAUAUCGCGGAUUUUCUCCUGUUGCUGAUGGGUCUGGAACAUAACUUCCGCGAUAGGCGGGCAAUCACUUCUAUUUAAAAACCCGCGAAGUCGUGAAUCCGCGAAAAGUGAACCGCGAAGUAGCAAGGGAUUACUGUAUUUUUUUUUUUUUUUUUUAAUAAUUUAUACACAGCAGGGUUUUUGUAGUAACCCAUUCUUGCCCAUUUUAGUGUAUUUGAGGCCCAUUCAUUGACUAUUGUCAUUGGCAGGGCAUGUUUAUGUGCUCCCUUGGCCACUGUUUGUCAUAAAGCAGAAUGGGGAUUAGGGUAUGGCUCCCCCUUGGUGGAUUGCCAUUGAACCAUAGAGUGGGAGGGUGUUGGAUUGAUUAUGGAUUGAGAAAAGUCUUCAGAGGAAUAUUGAUUGCUUAAUCAAACCACAGUAACCUACCGCAACUUCAUGUUAAAUAUAACAGCGACUUGCAACAUACUGGAGGCAACCUGUAACCCAAACUUUAAGAAAUCAGUAAAACAAACAAAAAAAGAAAAACUGAGAAAACAAUAAUCUACAAUUUUAAUGAUACAAGAAAAAAAUAUAAAACUGGGGUUAACUGUUUCUUUAAAGUAAUGGGGACAUUUACUAAAUCCAGGACUCUGGAGCGUUUAAAGUGGCAACACUGUUCACUCGGCCACACUGAUGCCCUACUAUUAAAAAAUAAAAGUAAAUUUCAGGUAAUUAAAUAUACUUACACCUUUCAUUUCAUUAGAGUUUCAACUCCUGAUCAGGGUAGCAAUCUCUUAUCCAACGUCUGGAACAUUCAUUGCUUUAUUUGUAAUUCUCAACAGAAAAAAGUUCAGAGCAGAAUGUGUCCAGUAUCGUUGUAAUACUGGAGACAAAAAAAGGGCAGAAAGAAAGCAAAAUGCUACUAUCAUCGCAAACUUCUCCAUUGGCCCAAAGCACUUCUCUAUUAGUUCUGUAGGUUUUGUUUUAAAGAAAGUCCUAAUCCGAUAUUAUCUAAGCAAAUUUGUUUCUCUUUAUUGCCCUCCAGCUUGGUUAAUAUUUUUGUCAUGAGAGAAUCGCAAAGAGAGUUUUCCAGUAUUGGGAAAUUUAACUUUUUAGAGUCAAGCAAUACUAUUUUUUUUAAGGUAUGUUAUUUUAAGUGAUUUCAUCUCAAUUAAUUGCUUGUCAUUAUGGUUUUUUUUUUUCCAACAAAUUCCUACCACUCCUUCUGAAGUAAAUUAGUUAAUUAAAAAUAUUGUUUGAGUGAGAUGAAUUGAACCUGCAUAAUCCUUUCACUAGUCCCAGAAAACUGCCUAAAGAAGUGCUUACAUGAUCUGGAGAAAUCUAGAUUCUUUGUAUCUUCUUGUAUUGCUGUUUGGUAUAUGCAGUUUCUCUAAUGUCAGGCAGUCCUUCCAUGAGUUCCCUAGAUUCCUUUUGGAAAGUUGUGUGGAGUUAAAUAUAUGAAAAGUUAUUCUCUACUUUAAUUUUUCUCUUUAGACUUGUAUUCCUUUAUUAUCUUGAAACCAUACCAUAGCAAACAGUAAGCUGAAAACCUAUGCAUAGGUAAAGGCCUAAAUUAAAAUUAGCAAAUGACAGCAGAUUUAGAAAUUGUAUACAAGUAAAUCUAGCUUUCCUGCAGUUCUUGGAAAUAUGUUUAAGAGUCAUUGCAUAAAGGUAAUGUGUUUAUAAGGUUAUUUUUACAUUAUGUCUCCAAAGUAAAUACUUUCUUUUUAACAAAUGUGAAUAUUAUAAAAGAAUGUGAAACUCUCUACACUCUAAUGGUAAAAUAUUGAGAACACUAGAUUAGACCUUUUAUUUAUUUGGUGAUUGGGAGAAUCAUGCAACAUAUCACUUCAACAGUUGUGAAUUUCGAAAUUUUUACCUUGAUUAAAAUAUUUACAAUUAAUAUAUGCAAAAUUCAUUAAUUGUAUUGAGUGUGCAAAAGAGCUUUGUGUGUGCAAUAUACAUAAGUGAAGUUUUCUGCUUUGUCUCUGGCAAGUAGAAUAUGUUGAGGAUUCUCUCACUAGAAAGUGCGUGUCAGGGAUGUAAAUACCAGUAUGGUGACACAAGCCUAGGAAAAAGAAGGGAGAGUGUGUGUAAAGGCAGGGGCUGGUAGAGGUGGUGAUACUUAAAAUGCAUUCCAUAGGAUGUGUAACACAUGCUUUGGGGUAGCACUUUUUACAUAUUUUAUUAAUUUUGUUUGAUUUCCAUUUCUGCUCCUUGACCCUAUUUUGGUUUUCUCAUGUGUUAUAUCACUGUUACCACUGUCUUGGCAUUUUAUUUUUUAUGUUUAAUUUUUACAGCAAACAGUAAUAAAAAUAUCUUUGUACAGUAUCUCUUGCACAAUGAACAAAAAAAUGAAUGUAAAAUUUGUUUUAUAGCAUGGCAUCAAAGAAUCAUGGACUUUAAUUUUGGGCCCUUCAUUUUUGUCCCACAUCUCAUAAAACAAGCCCAUACAAGAGAUUACUUAUUGUCUUGCAAAACUCACCUCAGCUCAGCUCAACAGUGGAAAUAAAACACUAGAGUGGGUUAUGUAUUGUUGGCAUUAUUAUUUGUGUUUAGGGAGGUAAGAGUGAUUUGAAUGCUUUUUUGGAUUAUAUUGCACCUUUUUUUAAUCUACUUUUUGAUCAGCAUAACUUAUUUCUUAUAAUUUUGAAAAUGAACAUGACCUCAUUCAGUCUUGGCAAACAUGCUUUGACAUAUGCAAUAUAUUGAUAUUUUAUAUAUUAUUACUGCUGUGUUAUUAUACCAUGCCUUCCAAACUUGUUGUAAACCAGAAAGUGCCACUGCUAUUAAAAUUAAUAAAGAAAUGGGGGCUGGGGAAACAAAAGUGUGUACACACAGACAUACACAACAGUGUGUGAUAACCCUAUUCAUUUACAUUUAAGAAAUAUAUAUACAGUAUAAAUAUAUAAAAAGAAAAAAAAUCUUGAGGGUAUAAUUUCUAUAUGUGCACAAAUGAGGACCAUUAUAGUGUUUUUUUGCUGUUUUCAGACAUCUCCCCCUUAUUGUUUAUGUAUUUUCUUGCAGUUGGUCUUUAAUAUAUAAUCCCAGAAACUUUGGUUAUAUACAUAUAUGUUAUAUAGCUAUCAUGGUUGAUUUUGAUUAUCUGUAAAGCUUUGUUUUAUUUUUUUUCAUGUCUUUGCAAUUUAUAUUUGUUUCAGACUGUACAACUUCACCUUUUAAAAUCUCAAUAUCACUGGCUUUCUACUAGAAAACAAGUAUUUAAUGUUGGAAGGAUUCAAGUCCUGUUUUACUUUUAUUUUUAUAAGUUGUCAUAUAUAAAGACACUACUGUUUAUUUUUGUGUGUGCACAUAACUUUUUGUAUAAGCGUGCAUUUUUAAAAUAAAAGGAAAAAAAAUAGCAAAAUAUUUAAAUGUAAGCAAAGGGUGACAUUAAGCCAUAGAUUUUUAAAUAUUUAGUGGCAUCUUUUACUGCAAGAAUGUAAAUUAAGAAAAUAUAUUUAAUGAAUCAUUUUUAAUGAACUACUUUUACUGUUUAUUUCAGCAAGCCUUAAAGGACCAACUGGAGGCUUCUGGUUACAAUUUGUUAAAUCUUAAGUAAUUGAACAUACCAGCUUUGUCAUGAAUAGACUUUAUUUUAGUUCCUUAAUUUCUGCCCAGUGCAUUACUUUAACAAUGUGCUGCUAUAAAAUACCAGUAGUAGUGUUAUUUGUUUGAUUUGUUUACAGGAAAUUCUGUGCAGAGUUUAAGUGCAGGAUUGGUAGAUGGUUUAAGGUGUUUUGAAAUACUUGCCAGACAGGUGCCAUUAAACUCAAAGUUGACAAAACAUUUUUGAAGAGUGCAGUGCCAUUCCUAUGCCAUUAUGCCAUUGUUUUAUCGUUAAAUAAAUAUCUCUUUUUAUGUACAUCAAACUUGAAAAUGCUUAAGAAAUAAGUGUGAAAAUAGUCACACCAUAGUUUAUCAUGUAAUGCAGGCCCAAAGAUUACUGGUAAUAGUAUAUUUAUGACUUUAACACCCCAACUGCAAAUUGCAAGUUUGUUCAAGUUGAUUGGCAUUAAUGUUCUAGCUUAAUAGGUUUUAGAUUUUAUGUUAGAUCUAAUUUAAUGAUUAUAUUUAAUAGUGUGAUUGAAAGAUUAACUUCACCUGCAAGUUUUUGGAUGAUAUUGUUGUGGGAUAUACAUACUGGGUUAUUUUCUCUUCCAGGAUCAAACAAGUUUCAAGGGCAAAAUUAAUAUUACUGUUGGGAAAUUUUCUUUUAAAAAUGUUUAAGUUCCUUGUCAUUUACUGUUACAAGGAUCAUUGGCUAGAGUUUUGUCUUGGAGUUAUAACCAGUAUGUGUAAAAGAACUUUCUCACUGAUGAAAUAGAUGUUUCCAGGGGUUUUAAGUAUAAGACAACAACCAGGUACAGUACGCCUUUUGAAGAGCCUUGGUUUUUACAGCUCAGAACUUUAGUAUCUGAGGUUCUCAGUUGAAACAGGCUACUGGUGAGUUCUCAAACUGAAGGAAAGUAAAGCUUAUGAAAUUUAAAUGGCAGUUUACAAUAGAAAGAUGGUAAAAUCAAAAGAAUACAGUAUCUGAGCAAAAUCUGUUAUUAAUGGUAGACACUUUGGGUAGUGUGUGUAGCAAUGCAAUAAUUACAAGGCCAGCUGUCCUUUUUCAUUACUGGACCUGUUUUGGCUAGACCUAACUUAUGCAUAUUAAUUUUUUUUAUAUCAACCUCAGGUGAUUCUUUCAACUUCAUGUUAACCUGUCUCACCAGCAGCCUUAUUAUUAUUAUUAUUUUUUUUUUUUUUUUUUUAUAAUUGUUACUAUUAAGGAUAAAAUGCAGGUGAAAGCCGUAGGUGAUGAUAAUUAAAUACCCCAGGGUCAAGUUGGUUGCACCAGCAAAUUUAUUCUGCAAAUAAAUUAUUUCAGUGUAAUUAUUAAUGUUGCUAAUUACCCCUUGUUUAAGUAAAAUUUUGAAACAAA